AUGCUGUUCACUGUUACCAUCUUUUCCCCGUUCUUUACUCUCGCAAUUUUCACUGUUUUCGGAACGCAACGAUCAGCUGCCAAUCCGGUUUCCCUACUGGCUCGCCAGAUCCCGCUCACUUUGGUCCCAAUCAACACGGAAUGCGGGCUCCACGACCCCCGAGGUCGACCGAUUUCGCGUGAGAUGGAUGAGAAAAUCGAAGAGGAAUUCAAUCGAUUGUUGGGUACAGCUGCCUAUCUGUGUCACACAAAAUCCAUGGAUUCGAUCACUUUGGCUAAUGGGACGGAGAAGCUGUUAUCUUUGGGCGAAGUGCUUGAGUUGUUGAUUCGUUAUCAAGAGAAGCACCGCGUUCAACUCAAAGUAACACAUCGAAAACUGGUCGUGAAAUUGUUGGAACGAAAAAAUGAAUUACUAGUGCAGAUGGCAACCGAGCGUCAGAAUAUAGAGGACGCAUAUGAGCGUUGGCAGACGGCCAGUGCUCGAGCGAACCCGUGCUCUGUUGUCACUCCCCGGGUCGAGAUUGGGCAAUUCGGUUGCAGCUCCAAUAUUAAUGCAGUUCAACAUGUCUCCCCUCGUCCCGAUAUAAAACCGGAUGAGGAACAAGUGGAACGCCAACAAGUUUCACGCUCAACCACUCGCGAGCAAGAAUCCCCAGUAACUCCAUUACCGGUUUACAAUGUCAGUGCGCAAUUCGAAGUUCGACGUCUUCUGAGUGAACUUCACGAGGCGUGGAAAAAAUUCGACCCAUUACAGGAUGCAUUAAAUCGUGUCAAUCGUCAGCUAGAAAUAUUACUACAAUGUCCACCUAAAGAUGUUUACUUGACUGAUGCUGAGCGACAGACUCUGGAUUGGCACAUGGCCAAUUUAGAGUUCGCGAAUGCCACGGAACUGCACAAUCUCUCGUUACGACACUGGGAUCAGGAUGAUGUGUUCGAACUAAGCGGAGAUCAUUGCGUCAUCAAGGAAGGCUAUGGAGCCGUGACCGAUGCGUUGGCCUCGUGCGUGACCAACGGAUUCCAUGUUCCACCGUGCGCUUCACACGCCUCUGGUACACCAAACGCGAAACAUAGAGACACGGGUAGCACGUACUCGUUCGGGUCCGGUCAUAUUGAGUUAAAAAGUUCGGUGAAACGCGUUACAUACAUUACGAAAGGGGUUCGGGUGGAAGCGUUGAAUGCUGCGUUCAGUCAAGAAGACCUGAUCGAGCACGAAGCGGACGCCGUUGUCUGUACUUUACCUUUGGGUGUAUUGAAGGAGUCGAUCAAACAUUCCCGUCCGGGAACGCCCAAGUCGGGUGGCUCAAAAUCACAUCCAACCUCGAAUUUCACUGUUUCCGACUUGACGCGUCUCACCGCCCCGGUAUUCCAACCGCCAUUACCAGACUGGAAAGUAGAAUCUAUCAAUCGGUUGGGUUUCGGAGUCUUGAACAAAGUCGUUCUCUUCUUCGAACGGUGCUUCUGGGAUCGAUCUCAAAAUUUGUUUGGUCAUGUGAGCGAAACAACCGACAAGCGGGGUGAACUUUACAUGUUUUGGUCAAUAUCCGAUCGACCAGUUCUUAUUGCUCUCGUUGCCGGCCGUGCAGCUGUUGACUUAGAACGACAUACACAAUCUCAAAUCUCACCGUCACAAUCGGGUCAGUCUGUGUCACCACAUCGCCAAUCACCCGGAUCUCGCGGUGUUACCUCUGUUCCCGUCCCCACGAAGCAUUCAACUCAUUCGGGCGCAAGCGGCCUGUGCGGCUCUUCUUCCAGCAACACGACCUCAUCGGGCAACAUCACAACCGCAACAUCGGCUCUCCAAGAUCCAAUUGUGGCAAGAGCCAUGCAAAUUCUGCGGGGAAUUUUCGGUCAGGACCCAACACUGAAUGGCAUCAGUUCGUCUAACCUGUCUGACCGCAAACGAACAGUGCCCAAUAUUGCGGUGGCCGCAAGUACCCAGCCGGCUUCAGCGCUCUCAUCCCAACCAUGUCUAUUCUUUGCCGGAGAACACACAUGCCGUUGUUAUCCGGCAACCGUGCAUGGGGCACUACUCAGUGGUCUGCGUGAGGCUGCACGCAUAGCAAACGCAUUCUUCCCCGGUCCCACACCAGUUGUCGAUCCGGGGUUCAAACUGAACAGCAAUGUGGUACGAUCUGCCUGA